AGCUUCUUCAAUCAAGUUGUCCCAGGUUAUCGGUUUUUGCAAGAUUUAUGGAGGAGCACAGCUCUCUUCUGCGAGGAACAGGCUCGGAAGAGGAAACUAAUGAAGACAUAUUCGGGCCCAGUCAUAAUUGCUUGGCUGCCACUGAACCAGUACAAACCAGAAGAAAUUUCAAUCUGUGUUGACGACGAAAAUAUAACGUUACACGGCCAGCAUCGAUCCGAAGGAGAAGAUGGAUUUGAGAAUAGUGAGUUCAUGAAAAUCAUUAAGCUCCCGCAAGACAUAGAUCCCACAACAGUGACAUCACAUGUAACCAGAAAUGGUAGCGUUCUAGUCCUCAAUGGCAUCAAACGCCUUGAAAAGAAAAUAAAAGCAAACGAUGACAAGUUUGUUGCUAAAUUAAAUCUGCGUGGAUUUAAACCAGAAGAAAUCAAGAUCCAGAGUCGAGGAAAUGAGCUCAUGGUCAUAGCAAAACACGGAUCGGAGGAAGAUGGUUCACGUGAUUACAGGCGUCGCAUUUUGCUGCCCGAUGACGCAGACGUCAGUUCAUUGACGUCACGCCUCUGCAGUAACGGCGUGCUAAUUAUAGAAGUGUCACGUGACCAAGCGUUCUCACAAGACGAGGCAAAACAAGAAGCAAGUGGUAACACAGAAUUCAAUCGGCGUGAAUGAACCACGUUCACUUGGCGGAUUGUACAGAAUCACUCUCUACAUUAUUUUUUGAAAUAUUUAUUACAUUUCUUAUUAAAGUUAUAAUUUUAAAGUGCAACCUCGGCACACUCUGUUAAACCUAGUGAUGCAUCAUGAUAAUUUUAUUGUGAUAUCUUUAGUUUAGAUUUUUGCUUAAUUUUCAGUUUUUAAUUCAGUGGUUUUUAAUCAUCAGACAAACAUGUUCCAAUGCGUUAAGUACCGAUUAAAAGAAAUAUUUUACACUUUAGUUAAAAUGUAUAUCAGAUCAGUUAUCAGUUUUUAUCCAAACUUCUUUGUCUAUAUAUAGUAUAGUUCUUGAUAUUUUAAGUUUUUGGGAUUGUAAACCUUUGGAAUAUAAGUUAAUGAAAGUUAUUAUAGGUCUGUAUAUAGUACAGGAACAAUAAAAUGUUUAAAUGAGCAUCUAACUGGGUUGUGUUUCCUUUUAAUUAUCGUUCUUUUUGACCACUUUUUACCUCUAGAUGAUGUAGUCUCAAUGAGGGGAUAGUCUGUCGGUAUUUUUCUAUCUAAAGCAGAAGCUUCUUUGGUCUCUUUGACUUGAAAUUUUCUGAUGCCUUUCCAGAGCAGUUACCCUAUUAAUACAGGCUCAUGACAACGGCCCAUAUCCCCAGGGGGUGGGUGGAAGGUAUUCCCUAUAAUGACAUAACACGGGAAAGUAAAUCCCGAAAGGAGUACUUUCUCAGGCUUCAGGUAUACGAAAGAAAGGUUAGGGAUUUCACUUGUUGAAGAAUAUGAACGGGGAGGGAAAUCUGUCAUUUCGGUUGGUAGAAAGACCCAAAAGAGCUCACAUGAAUUUUAUGGCAGUGACAAAGUCGACGAAAGCGUUCUACUUUUGUGAUUUAUUCAUAUUUUAAAGACCAUGCGUUUACAGCAGUUAAAGUAAUAAACAGUAACUACAACUGUAACUAGGUGAAAGGGGUACCAUUUGACAUUAGAAGGGGGUCCUUUUCUGUCCAAAAUGGUAUAUAAAAUGGUAAGAGAUUGGAACCCUUGAGUGCAACUCAUCUUCUAGUAUUAGUCCAUAACAGAACAUCUCCGUCUCUCCUGCACACAUUUGUUGCAUACACUACUCAACUUUCCAUUGCCAUCCAACAUACCGGUAAUUCUUUCUUACACCAACACAUCCCGCGUAAACACCCUCGGGCGUCUUCUUGUUGUUAGUUAUAAACUGAACAUUUACACCUCUAUUUGUGACAUUUUUGGUUUAUCUUCAUAUGUCCCGCCGUUUUGGUUAACAGACUUUGUAUUCAAUUUAACCGCUAAUUUGUACCCUUUUCAUCCCUUUUCUACUUUGGAGACGACUUCUCAAACGAAAUAAAGAAAAGAAAAAAAAGAGAAAAACGUAAGGGUUUGGGGAUUUUGGUUAGUGUAUGAAGUGCGCAACCAUCUAUGAGGGGGUUUGGAGGUCAAUUACCUGGUGCUCUAUAUCUUGGCAACGACUUCAAAAUUAGCUGUAAUGAGAGAGAAAUUUGCAAUUUUAAGCUACUAGGGGUAAUAAUGUGAAUAUGGCAGGCUGAAAUAUUUCCUUUUUCACUUUUUAUUAAUACAAAACUGAAAAAUUAGAAUUGCCGAGGUGGCUUACACGAACCCAGACUAUUUUCGAUAAACGGCUUGAAAAUGUUUGUACUGCUACGAAACACCAACCUUUUUAUCUACAUAAUUCAUUUCAUUUAGAACACUGUUGUUAUUGUACCUAACAACGGUAAAGGGAAUACGCUAAUGCCGAGGAAAGGCUGAUUUUCUUGCCCGUUCAGCAUCAAGCAUUUUAAUGUUAGGCUAAUAUUUAGGUAUGGAU